AUGAAGAACCGUGAAAAGGCCCAAGAGUAUAUGGCUGAAGGCGAUUAUGCCAAGGCAAUUAACUUCUAUUCUUUGGCUAUACAAAACGAUUCCUCCAAUUCAAAACUAUAUUCAUCAAGAGCAAAAGCGUACUAUUUAAACCUGAAACAACAGCACAAUGAUGAAUCAUCUGAGAUCCCACAAGCUCAAUGGAAGAAAAUAUUGGAAGACUGUAAUUUAGCAUUGAGCCAUGAUAAGAUGAACUAUGAUGCCAUGUUUUAUUCUGGAUUAUCGCUUGUCUAUGGAUUCAAAAAAUUUGACAAAGGUAUGCGUUUAAUAAAUGAAAGUUAUGAAAAGUCAUUGACCAAAUCGAAAAGUUACAAGCAUUAUACCUUACCCCAGUUAAUUUAUAAUGAAUUAUUGAAAGUCAAAACCUACAAAAAGAAAUUGGAGUUGGAAGAAUAUUUGGCCACGUCAGAUCCAUUUUUCAACAAGUUGGUGCAUUUGUUGCAGGAAAAUUAUGAAAGGGAAACCAGUGAGUUAUUCAGCAAAGACAUAAAGAAAAAUGUUCUAGAUUAUGGCUUGACAAAAUUGGCAGUUCAAUACAAUAAAGAGAUUAGAGAAUUAAUUGAAAUGUUUGAGUUACGGUAUAAUCAACAACAUGAAUCCAAAGACAUAUCCGCCGAACCACCUGAAUUUUUAUGUGAUCCAAUCUCCUUUCAUUUAUUUCAUGAUCCUGUGAUAACACCAUCAGGGCAUAGUUACGAGAGGGCCUGGUUGUUCCAACAUUUAACCAACCACGAAUAUGAUCCAUUGACGCGCCAAAAACUAACCAAAGAACAAUGCUACCCCAAUUCAACUCUUAAAGCGUGUGUAGAAUAUUAUAUCAAUAAAGAAGGAAGUUAG